AUGGUCUUCCAUGGAAUCCAUAUGGACUGCUCCAUGAAGUUCAAUGUGGAUAUGCCUGCAUUCCAUAUGGAAUCCAUUGGAAUCCAUAUGGAGUGCCUUCGAUGCCCCCAUCUUUCAAUCCACGCCUUUGUCAAGGCAUUUUGUGAUCUUCAUGGCACCCCCUUCCAUCCCUAUCUUCGCAAGCAAUUCCCUAAUUGCUUCGACGUCUACCUCUCCAUUCGCAACUGCGUUAAUCGACGCAUUGAGAUCACACUCAAGCGCGAUGAUCCAGGAUGGAGGCUUUGUCAUGCCUGUCCAUGUUGCACGCACAAGCUUGUCGAUGAGCCCAAGCUCAUCUUUGACAUGCUUAUCACCAUGGACGGGAACUCAAACACGUCCAACGUCGAAAAGCUGCACCUGUUGAUCCAGGAGAUGGAGAUGCACCUGUUAUGGGAGAGCCAAUGGAUGAUUGGGGGCAGAUACGACAUUGGCUGCAAGUUCAGGAUCACGCUGGGACGCAGCCCUCUCAGAUGUCGCACCCAAGAACUUAGAUACCGGGCAUUGGUUGGCAGCUUCCACGGGCACGCCCACAACCGCCUUUGCCAACUUCUCUUCCUGGCAACCUAUAUCAAGGGCUUGGGCCUCGAGGAUCUCGAGGGCGGCCUAAUCGUUGCGAAGAUGUUCGAACUGACCAAGAUGAACAUGUCACAAACCGCUUCGGAAGCACAUCGGAAAUGCCCUCAAGGCACGUUCACAGGCCGCAAGCUCUGGUCCCCCCAUGACUGCCUUUGUCAUGGGAUGACGUCGUUGAAUAUGCACUCGGAUGUCUGCCUUAAAGUAUGGGCCAAACCGGCCUCUCGCAUUUUAAUGGACCAGCAUUUCAAGUUAAAGAGAGCACGCGAGGAGAUUCUCUGGCUCAACAUCGAGAUCCUUCAACUCGGGAAUAUGAGGAAGUGGACCAACUUCUUUAUGAUCAGCCUCAAGAAAAAGGCUGUUCAACUUCAAUCCAAGGGUCUUCUACAAACAAGUAUUUGA